AUGUUAAUCACUGUUUUUGGUUUCUUGCAUUCAUUGUGGUUUCCUCCAAAUGGCAAGCCUUGCUCUCGCGCAUCUCUUGAAUCAAAGUGUCUGGACUGGGUCUACGAUCCUAAGAAGAUCUCCAUCAUCCACCGUUACGAGUCGAAGCCAUCUGUUGUCCUGAACUAUGUACUCGAUGAUGGCCAACCCGAUUUCAAAGUCCUUCCCGGGGCACCAGGCUACCAAUAUAUUGGACGCUCUAGCGAGCUUCCCCCAGACGACAAACGGCUCAAACAGUUGAAAAAAUGCACGGUUUCACUGGAGAAGCUAUGUCAGCUACUCGGCAGCGAAGUCAAAGAUAGUCAUGCAUCAUCCGUGGUCAUUGGUAAGGGUGGCUUUAUCUCAACUCCUCAUCUCGAGGAUAUGAAGAAAGCUAUGGACAUGACCGACAUUUACACCAAGCUCGAAGUCCGAUACAGCAACGGCAUGACGUCGACACAAUACAUUCACCCUCGUUGCUUUACCAUCAAACAAGCGCUUCUCAAAGAAGCCGGUCCCGUUCGUUUCAAUCGGAUUGAAAUCAACAGUGGAAUAUGUCUGUUCUCCAAAGGGGUGCUUUCGACCUCGCCAGGCCACGGAAAAUCCACCGACACCGGCAAUCAGCUCGAGAUUCCUCCCCUGCCAAAGCAUAAUCGUCUUACAAUCUACGAACUGGAAACCAUUACAAGGAUGUCUUCGGCAAUCGCAGAUACGGUCGGUCUCAUUGGCGCCGCCUACAAAAGCCGCGACACGCCAGUUCAGCGUGUGACCUCUUCAGACGGGGGCUUGUCCCAGUCGAGUAUGUCAAGAGCUGGAUUGAAGCAAUCGAUCGGCGAAAAAAAGCAGCUUGGAUCAAUCAUGACUUCUGUCCUCCGGAAGAUGCUAAUGGACCGCCACAUUUGUGAUGUUAAUAUCGCCAUUAGUUCGGGCACAGAAGCAGCCAUAACCCUGGUCAGAGAAAAGAUGGAAACCGAGUCUAUUGCUUCUCUCGAAGAAAUUUUGGAUGCCUUGCGAUCUAGAGGAAACGAUUCCGAGAUGUGGCGUUUGUUCUUGGACAAUUUAGAUCCAAGGCAACAGCCGACAGACAUGGAAAGCCUUGGUCGGCUCAUAUACGUGUUCAAGUCCACUAAACCAGCACUGGCAAAACAGCGAGUCACUUCCUUCGAAAAGCCAAUUGAGGACGUGCCAAAUAGGAUGCUCAUCAUCCAAGUUGACGAUGUCCACGAGUGGAAAAUCCUUGAUCGGGCAAAGUCAUUUAUCAAAGAAUAUUCCAAGAUGCUUCCAGGCGGCGCUCAUGAGUCAGUCAUGCUGGGCUUGUUUCCUAUUCAGAAGAUCUUUUCUGCUGGUCCUGGCCGAUCGGACUUGUACUUGGAAGAUCCCGGCUUCAAAUUACGCAUGUCCUCAGGCGGAAGGUUGGUCGGUCCUAUGGACAUCAUUAGCGCAACGUAUGGGGAACACAUUGGCAAUCAUGUAAGGCGUUCCUGUCUGCUAGAGGGUCUGAGUUAA